UGAGGCAGCUCGCAGCCCUCGCUGUGACUCUUUUGCCCCGUCGGUUUCGCCUCUCUCCCUUCUCCAGCUGCUGCCUCUUCCUCCCGCUCCCUCAGCCUCUCGGCCCCUGCCUUGCAGCCGCAGGGGUGGGGAGCUGGGAUCCCAGCAUCCACACUGGCCAUGUGACGAGGGAUUGCGAAAGAGCCCGGAGGGGAAGACCCAGAGUCAGACUCCGAGACGGGGAAGCGGACAGGAGCACGCACCGAGAGAGGACUCGUCAGCAUGAAGACCUGGCUGAUCCUCGUGUGGCUGGUGAUGUUCGCAGGCGAUGUGACUGGUCAAGAAGGAGUGUCAAUGGCUCCGGGCAAGGGAGCAGACGAUGGGGGAGAGAUGAAGGUGAAGGAGACCCAGCAGGGGCUGCUGCAGGGGGAGCCGGGGAGAGAGGAGCCCACAGGCUGCCUUGCUGCCUCCAGCAGGACAGAGGGAGAUAGGAAGGCUGAUUAUGCUGCUGGCAAGCAGGGCCUGAAAGAGGUCCCUGAGAAACAAGUAACGGAGGACAGGAGUACCACAGAGCCAGCCAAGAAGCUAGACAAGGAGCCAGACAAGAAACCAGACAAGACAGAUGAGGAACCAGCCAACAAGCCAACCGACGAGUUGGCCAACAAGCCAACCGACGAGUUGGCGGAGAUAGGAAGGCUGAUUAUGCUGCUGCCAGCCAGCCAGCCAGCCAACAAGGCAGCCAACGAGCCUGCCAACAAGCCAACCAAUGAGCCAGCUAGUAAGCCAGCCAAUGAGGCAGCCAACGAGCCAACCAAUGAGCCAACCAACAAGCCAACCAACGAGCCCACUAGCGAGCCAACCAGCAAGCCAACCAGUGAACCAACCAACAAGCCCACUACAGCACCCUCCACUGAAACCCCUACUGUGUCCGUCACAGUGCCCCAGCGGUGCCCACCCAGUGACCCCUGGGGCAGCUGUAGGAACGACUCCAAGGAGGAGAGCCACAGGGUGGCAAUGGCGCUGACUGAUUUUGCACUGAAGUACUAUUCGAAAGUGGCCAAGACACACGGCACCGACUCCAACGUGGUCUUCUCGCCUCUCAGCGUGGCCGUGGUGCUUUCUCAGCUCUUGCUGGGGGCCCGGGAUGAGACCAAAAUGAGGCUAGAGACCAUCCUCUCCUAUCCCUCCGACCUCCUCUGCGUCCACGCGCCGCUGCGGCACCUCCUCAAAUCCCAGGCCUUUGUCUCCACCUCGUUGCUUUUCUUCCGCCAAGACCUGUCCCUGAACGAUGCCUUCCGCAAGCAGCUGAAGAGCUUCUACAACAUCGAGGCCCAGUGGCUCACUGGCAACGAGACCCAGGAUCUGCGGAAAGUCAACAAGUGGGUGAAGGACGGGACCAAUGGCAAGAUCGAGGAGCUGCUGAAGGAGCUGGAACCUGAUGUCCAGCUGAUGCUGAUCAACGCUAUCUAUUUCCAAGCCAAGUGGAAGACCACCUUUAAAGUGAAGAACACAAUGAACGAGAUGUUCUACCGCCCGGGCAAGAGCCCAGUCCAGGUGCCCAUGAUGACCAGCAAGAAGUACCCGCUGGCCUCCUUCAGUGACCCCAGCCUGAAGGCCAAGGUUGGCCGGCUGAGGCUGUCCCACAGCAUGAGCCUGGUGGUCAUGGUGCCUGAGCACUCCUUCAAUUCGCUCGCCGAGAUGGAGAAGAUGCUGACCAGAGAGACCUUCACUGCGGUGGUGAAGAAGCUGAUGGACUCCCCCUUAAAGCCCACCGUGGUGAGCCUGCCCAGAUUCAAGCUGGACAGCUCCCAGGACCUCAUGGACAUCCUGGGGCAGAUAGACUACGGCAUUUUCUUCGAUGCCAACCUGUGCGGCAUCUCAGAGGCAGAGGAUCUGGCGGUGACAAACGCCCAGCACCGGGCCGUGCUGGAGCUGAACGAGGAAGGGGUGGAGGCCGCUGCCGCCACGGCCAUCUCGGUGGCCCGCACCGCCUGGGUCUUUGAGGUGCAGCAGCCCUUCCUCUUCGUGCUGUGGAACGACGAGCACAGCUUCCCUGUCUUCAUGGGCCACGUCAGCGACCCCAGCAGAGUGUGACCCAACCCCCUCCGCGCCCGGCGCCCCAGGUACCGGCCCACAGAGCGCCACUUGGCUCUGACGCUUUGGUGGGGAGAGUGCAUGGCCCUGACCUACUUGGUAAAGCACUUGGAGAUCUGUCGAUGAGUCCGGGAUGAUUAUUAUCUCUCAGUAUCCCCAGUACGUAGCCGCUGUCUAGCUCGCUCCCAGGCCUCCUCCCCUUCAUUGCCACAGUCUGCUCCCCCUCCCUUUCCUCCAAUUCUUUUAGAAGCUGGAUUUUUCUUCUACCUCCCUUUCUCUUCUCCUCUUGCCCUCUAUAUCCCCAGACAGACUUUUCUGGCUGUAGCCUGUGACCAUCCCACCCAUCACGGACACAGACCUUCUGAAAGGUACCGGGAAGAGCUGACCGGUUGGGGGUCCCUUCCAUGAAUCCCCUUGACUCUGCCCCUCUCCCAGCACCUGCCAUGUCUUGCAACAGUAAAUAAAGUCUGAACACAUCGGG